UUUCAUUGUUCUUUUGCUUGGGAGUGCGAAAAUAUUCAGAUUUUUCAGACAAUACUCUUAAAAUACACUGUACCAAACAGCAAAAAUGCCUGGUACAGGUGGUGAUGGAAAGAUCAAGCAGUUGUGUCCAGAAUGCCUGCGGAAGCUCUUCCUGGGUGGGCUGUCACGGGAAACCUCCAAAGACGAUGUGGUCAACUACUUCAGCAAAUAUGGGAAAGUCAUUGAUGCUGUUGUGAUAAUGGACAGUCAAAAAAGGUCGAAAGGUUUUGGUUUUGUCACCUUUGAAACUAUGGAAGCAGUUGACGCGGUUCAGGAUGAAAGGCCUCACUUCCUUGAUGAUAAGCAGAUCGAGACCAAGAGAGCAGUGCCCAAAUCAGAAAGUGAACAACAUGUUGAGGCCAACGUGACAACGCACAAGAUCUUCUUGGGUGGCAUCAAAGAGGGGAUUGAGGAACAAGACAUUCAAGAGUAUUUUGCCACAUUUGGUGAGGUAGAGGAGGUCAAGCUUGUCCGAGACGGUACUGGCAAGAAACGAGGAUUUGCAUUCGUCACCAUGACUGAUAAGGACAAGGUGGAUAAGAUUGUUUUGCUAAAGUGUCACACCAUAAAGAACAAAGAGGUAGAAGCCAAGAAGCAUGUAUCGAAAGAUGAGAUUGCAAAGGCCAGAGAUAAGCGCGACAUGAGGAUGGAAAAUGAAAUGGGAGGCGGCUUUGGUGGCGGUCGUGGUAGAGGAUCCCGUGGUGGUGGACGUGGUGGCAUGAGAGGAGGCUACAAUGAUGGUGGAAACUUUGGUGGUGGCGGCGGCGGUGGUGGAGGUGGAUUCCGUGGUGGUAACCAAGGUAACUUUGGCGGCAAUUUCGGCGGCGGUGGAAUGGGUUUUAACCGAGGCAAUCAGAUGGGUGGAUUCAACCAAGGUGGUGGAGGCGGUUACGAAGGUGGCUUCAACCAAGGCGGUGGUGGUGGAUAUGGAGGCGAUGGAAGUGGUUACGGAAACGGCAACCAGAAUUGGCAAGGCAACCAAGGAGGUGGUGGCUUUGGAGGUGGUAACCAAGGAUAUGGAGGCGGGAACAGCGGCAGCUAUGGGGGUGGCAACCAGAAUUGGCAAGGCACCCAGAUGGGUGGUGGUAGCUAUGGAGGUGGUAACCAAGGAAGCGGUGGUUACGGAGGAGGUGGCAACCAAAACUGGCAAGGUGGCAACCAGGUUGGAAAUAGUGGUUAUGGAGGCAGCAGUUAUGACCAAAGCGGUAACAAUCGUUACAACCAGGGUGGUGGUGGUCAGGGCAGCUAUGGGCAAGGUCAAGGAGGACAAAGUAGCAACUACAACCAAGGUGUUGUCGGCGGUGGCAACUACAGCAAUGAUGGCUUCAACAGUGGAAGUGGCGGUGGAUACCAGGGAGGAGGUCGCGGUGGCAAUUACAAUCAAGGAGAUGUUGCAGCCACUUCUGAACGAGGAUACGAAGUGACACAACAAACUUCACAAUAUGAUAAUGGUCAACAAAGCCAGGGGUACCAGCGACAGCAAAGCACACAGUCUGCUGGUGGCGGAUAUGGAGGCGGGAACCAGAUGGGUGAAAACUACGGCGGUGGAUAUGGAGGUGGUGCCAUGAAGGCGGGCGGCGGUUACACACAGAGAAGUCAAGGACCUUAUGGAGGUGGUUAUGGUGCAGGAGGCGGUGGUGGUAGUGGUGGCGGAGGUAGUUUCGGAGGCGGCCGCAACUACUAAGGAUCAGUGGUAAAACAGUAUCCUUUGAUCAAGGGCAAUAUCUAGGCAGUUAACACAAGAAGUACAAAGUUUAUAAGAUCGAUCCCUUCAACAGUUAGCACUGUCGCCCAAAACUAGGACUACCGCUAUUGAAAGGCCUAAUAGUUCUAGACCUAGGCCCGACAGGAGACAGAUUUUUUCGUAGAGACAGUUGCUGAAGUGUAGGAACAGACUUAAGCCCAGAUGACAGUGAAGAAAUCUUAUUUCAAAACAGGCAUUAGAAUAGAAUCAGCUAUAUGAAGUUCUGGUUUAAACUUUGCAGAAUAAUUUAGUGAUCCUCGCCAUCUUCAUCUUGUGCGUUAGGAAUACCAAGGAUAGCGCAAGUUUUAGGUAGGAGCACGGACUGAUCAGAGACCAUCUAGCAAUUGACUAGUGCUUUCUGUUCAAAGUUUAGGCACAGCCUUCUUACUGAUGCACAGUUUUAGCAGAACUAAUACCAAUUCUGUCGUGUCAAUGAAUGAUGUAGCUAAAUAUAUCGGCCAUAUAUGGUGUCAGGAUUUGGCUAAAAUAGUUGUCAUAUUUCAUAAAUUUUUGCAAGAAAUGUACAUAUUCCUUGAAACUUUUGUAGAUUUCAUUUUCAGUUCAAUAUUACCAUUUCCCAGUUGGCUAAACUUUAAUAAGUAAUUCAGUGCAUUCCUCCAAAAUGAAAUUUGACCCAUUAGAGAUUUUGGCCCAUUUUCCGUUGAUUUUUAUGUAGGACUGCACUGCAUUCAAGAAGAAAAUAAGGCCUUAACUCCCCAUCUUAAUAAAAUCUGCUUCUUUGAAAGGCGUACAAACCUGCAAUAAAACUGCACAUUUUUAAACCAAACUAAAACUUGACUGAAAACUACCUACCGGGGUAAUUUUUUUUCAGUACCAAUAAAAAGUUAUUUUGUUCUUUCUAGGCUUGAGGGCAUUUUGUUAAUGUGCAAAAAACGGGUUUGUAGAGCAGGCCUUGGUUGUGACGCUACACUGUAGGACCGCAGCGGUCAAAGUGAGGCUUAACAUAUUUUCCAUUACAAUCAAUGAUAUGAUGUGGGCAAGGCCUUUAGAAAUUCAGGUUUACAUGUAGAUAGAAAGAUAGAUGCACCAUACUUUCUUGUGCAGUUCUAUGCCAGCCACACAUAUGCAAUGCACUUUGACCUUGGAAACUCCCAAGUUCGUGUAUGAAAUCAUAACAAUCCUCCGCCGCGUGUAGAAUGAACUUCGAAAAUGAAUAUAGCAUUUUGCCUUACAUGGUGUCUACGGUAACUUCAUGGUUUCCUCCAGUUGUAUUAGUUCUGGUAAUGUGUUCUCUGAUAUAAAAUUUGUUGUCAUUGUCUUCAUAAUCAUGUUUCAAUCGAUUUUUUGAAUAAAACAAAGCUUCCACAAGUAGCUGAUUUUAUCUUGACACAGUACUUCAGGUCCAUUUCUGUAAAGUGACCAAACUGCUAUACUUCGUAGAAUGUAGACUAAGCUGCAUUUCAUAUACUACUUUCAAAUAAUUGAACAAAAGAAACAAAUUCAUCCUGUAAAAACUUAGAAUAAAGUUUAAAACUUGUAGGAAGUAUUGCAGUUCUAAAAACCCGACAUGGGCAUUGUAAAUAAACAUUGUAUACCAUUUAGUUCUCUUAUAAAUCAUAUCAGUGUUCAGAGUUAUUAGGAUUGACCCUUUGAAAAGAAGGUCGGGAUAUUCUGUGAACCAUUAAAGGCAAUUUUAGUUUACAAAUGUAUGUGCCACACUUUCGGUUCGGGUUUCCACUUGAAGAAAAUUAUUGCAAAGAAUUUGACAGUCUUCAACAAUGGGUCAGUCCUAAAUGUUCUGAUAUUGACGGUCAUCAUCAUCAUCAUCAUCAUCAUGUUUAAAUUGUUGUUUUUGCUUGUGGCGCAAUAAUUCGUUUUGUGCAUUGAUAUUCUGAGAAGAAAAAUAAACAGACAAGUCAUUUUAUCAUAA